UUGAUGACGCUGUUUUUGUGCGCCAGGAAGCCGGCUUGUAAUUAGCUCGAAAAUAAUGGUUAAUUCGUAUGCACGUAUUUGGGAGGUUUUUUUUAAAUGUUAAAUGUUUAUAUUCUGACUAAAGGUUACAUGUAAAAAGACUUAGUUUAUACUGCAACAAACUGGACUUUUGAUUUGUGUUCGUUUUUGCGGCGUCUCUUGUUUUGAUGCCUGACAGAGAAAAGCGUUGUGCUCCGUUAUUGUGGUGAAUCCGAGACGGUGUUGGUUUUCGUUAUGAGUUAUGGAUACGGGAGAGGAAGAGGCAGGAGAGGAGGAGGAGAGCGGUGGAGCUCCGACUGGGAAGCCCGGGAUGAGCAGCCUCGAGGCGGCGGAGGCCGCGGGAGACACCCGCCGCACCUGAAGGGGAGAGAGAUCGGACUGUGGUACGCCAAGUGGGGGGGAGUGAAGCGGGCAGAGGCCGAGAGGAAGUCGAGAGCUGUAGUUCAGAUGGACGAGUCGAGAGAGCAGCACAUCACACAGCUGCUCAAUUCAGUCCAGAGAGAACCAUCACAUGACUACGCGCCGUCCGUCCCACCGUACCGGCAGGUGAAACCAGAACCGAGUGGCCACAGCUACUUUGACGGCGAUGGUCCUCCAGAAGAGCCGCAGGAAACGGUAAAAGUGGCGAAAAUCGAGUCGGUCAAGGAAGAGGGGGCGGAGAUAAAGACGGACAUAAAGGAGGCGCAGCACGUGGACCGAGAUCUGGAAUACCUGGUGCAGGAAAUUAACCGAAAGCCUUCACUGGAUGAAGAUCUGAAACGUGACCUUCAGAGCAAAAGACAGAAUUCAAGAUACCUGGAAAUGCUGGCGUUUCGAGAGAAGCUGCCUUCCUACAGCAUGAGAGAGGAGCUGGUGAAGCUGAUCCAGGCAAACCGCAUGGUGGUGGUGAGCGGAGAAACCGGCUGCGGCAAAACCACGCAGGUCACGCAGUUUAUCCUGGACGAUUACAUCCAGCGUGGCAUGGGCUCGCUCUGCAGGGUGGUGUGCACGCAGCCCCGCCGCAUCAGCGCCAUAUCGGUGGCCGAGAGGGUGGCAGCGGAGAGGGCGGAGUCUGUCGGCGAAGGGAAGUCAUGCGGAUAUCAGAUCCGUCUGCAGAGCCGGUUGCCACGGAAACAAGGCUCGGUGCUGUAUUGUACGACGGGAAUUAUUCUUCAGUGGCUGCGCUCAGAUCCGUGUUUGUCCAGCAUCAGUCACCUGGUCCUAGAUGAGAUCCACGAGCGCAGCCUGCACUCGGACGUCCUCCUCACCAUCGUCAAGGACCUGCUGAACCACAGAGACGACCUGAAGGUCGUGCUCAUGAGCGCCACGCUGAACGCCGAGAAGUUCAGCAAGUACUUCGAUAACUGCCCCAUGAUCCACAUCCCGGGUCACACCUUCCCUGUGAAAGAGUACCUGCUGGAGGACGUGGUCGAGAUGCUCAGGUUCCGGCCGCAGCAGCAGCAGGAUCGUCGUCCUCGCUUCAGGAGAGGCUUCAUGAACGGCCAGAACGUGCGGCCUGAGAAACAGGAGAAAGAAGCGGAGUACAAGGAGAGCUGGCCGUGUUUCGCUCGCACACUCAAAGACAGGUUCUCCGACAGCACCGUCGACGCCCUGGAGGUGAUGGACGACGACGACAAGAUCAACCUGGAGCUGAUCGUAGCACUCAUCCGCCACAUCGUGCUCAACGAAGAUGACGGAGCCAUCUUGGUGUUCCUGCCAGGCUGGGACAACAUCAGCAGCCUGAAUGAUCUGCUCAUGGCCGACCAGAUGUUUAAAUCCGAUAAGUUUGUGAUCAUUCCACUGCACUCGCUGAUGCCUACAGUCAACCAGACACAGGUUUUUAAAAGGCUACCUCCUGGAGUUCGGAAGAUUGUGAUUGCUACAAACAUCGCAGAAACCAGUAUUACUAUAGAUGACGUGGUGUUCGUGAUCGAUGGAGGGAAAAUUAAAGAAACUCACUUCGACACCCAGAACAACAUCAGCACAAUGAGCGCAGAAUGGGUGAGCGUCGCCAACGCCAAGCAGAGGAAGGGGCGGGCUGGCAGGGUGUCUCCAGGUAAAUGUUACCACCUGUAUAACAGUCUGAGGGCAAGUCUGCUGGACGACUACCAGCUCCCUGAGAUCCAGCGCACACCGCUCGAGGAGCUCUGCCUACAGAUUAAGAUCCUGAAAUUGGGCUCCAUCGCAUCAUUCCUGAGGAAGACUCUGGACCCUCCGUCAGACAGAGCCAUCGAACUGGCCAUCACUCACCUAAUGGAUCUGAACGCGUUGGACCGGAACGAGGAGUUGACUCCGUUGGGAUUCCAUCUGGCCCGUUUGCCUGUGGAGCCGCACAUCGGAAAGAUGAUUCUGUUCGGAGCUCUGCUCGCCUGCCUGGACCCUGUGCUCACUAUAGCGGCUAGCCUGAGCUUUAAAGACCCGUUCUCCAUACCACUGGGGAAGGAAAAGAUCGCAGACCAAAGAAGAAAAACCCUGUCCAAGAACACCAAGAGUGAUCACCUGACUGUCGUCAACGCCUUCCGGGGCUGGGAGGAAGCAAAGCGGCGGGGCUACAGGUACGAGCGGGAAUACUGCUGGGACAACUUCCUCUCAGCCAACACACUACAGAUGUUACAGAAUAUGAAAGGACAGUUUGCGGAGCAUCUCCUGGCCGCUGGGUUUGUGAGCAGUAAAGACCCAAAACAUUCCGGUGCCAACAUCAACUCCGAAAAUGAGAAGCUCCUGAAGGCUGUGAUCGUAGCCGGCUUGUACCCCAAAGUGGCCAAGAUCUGCCCGAGCCACCACACCAAGAGACCCAUACCAGCAAAGGUGUACACUAAGGCUGACGGGAAGGUCUGCAUCCAUCCUAAAUCUGUCAACUCAGAGGAGACACAGUUCCACUACACCUGGCUCAUCUAUCACUUGAAGAUGAGAACUACCAGUAUCUUUCUGUAUGACUGUACUGAGGUGUCUCCGUUCUCGCUCCUCUUCUUCGGUGGUGAUAUCUCCAUCCAGAAGGACCAGGAGCAGGAGACCAUCGCAGUGGACGAAUGGAUCGUCUUCCAGUCUCCCGCUCGCAUCGCUCACCUGGUCAAGAACUUGAAGAAGGAACUGGAUCUGCUGCUGGAGGACAAAAUCAAGCAGCCACGCCCGGUGGACUGGAGCGACCGCACCUCGGAAGACUGCGCCGUCAUCUCGGCAAUCAUCGACCUCAUCACCACGCAGGAGAGCGCCACGUCUUCGCAAGAGCCGUACCGGAGAAGCCACAAGCACUGGUGCUAGAGCCAGUAGGAUGAGAGAGAGAGAGAGAGAGAGAGAGAGAGAGAGAGAGAGCUGCUGUAUAUAGCUGCAACCAGCACAAUUUCUCCUUCAGUUAAACAUUCAAAGAAAUUUCACGAUCAAUAAUAAAGAAAUUUGGGUAAAACUGA